GCUUGAUCCCUGACCUGCUUACCUGGCAAAAGCAACAUGCCCUCGCAAGUAAAGUGGAUAACCUCCCGAAAAAGCAACGGCGGAAAUGAACCUCGGAUCGUGAAAUGGCAUGACAACAACCCCAGAAGAUCCGAAGAGUUGACAGGAGCUUUUGGUGACAGUCGCCGUCCAUGCGCUUGGUUGUGUCCUGUGUGCGAAGGGGAGGAAAAACGUUUCCACAAUGAGUUACCUGGUUUCAGCAGCAAUUUCUUUUCCAACACGACUACUCUGACCACAGGGUGCCUUUUUCUCCCCAAACACUGGCACGGUAGAUUUGAAGUCUUUUCAAGGUGUUGGCCUGCAAGAGCGGCAAGCUGCAGCUGAGGUGAACAGGACAACCCACGGAUCGUCAGAGUGACCACGGUCCAGCAGGCAGGAUGGUCUUACGUUUUCGCUAGAGAACCACUUUGUAAGCGGGCUAGUCGCGCUGGUGGGCACGCGGCGCAUCAGAUUGUAAUCAAUGGCCCUGUCUAGCUGCAAAGACCGGGCCAGUAGUAAUGUGCAUUGGUGGACGAGAAGGGCGAUCGAGGCGGCUGAAGGGCACAAAGACGUGUGGGCAAAAUACCCGACUGGAGUUGAUCGAACCUACAACAACAAGUGUAGGUAGUAAAGAGGGAUCG